AUGUGGUUGAAUGAUGAUGAUGAUGAUUUGCCAAAUACUCAAAGAGUGAUUCAAAGGACUGAUAGAGGUGCAGGAUGGCGUCAUGUUCAACAACUAAUGCAUGGAUCAGAUCAGCAAUGUUAUGAUAUUCUGCGAAUGAAUCAAAGGACAUUUGAAGAUUUAUGUAGGAUGCUCUCUACAAGGUAUGGAUUACGAGAGACUGAUAAUCUCUACUUAGAGGAAAGUGUUGCAAUGUUUCUUGAAGCGGUUGGUCAAGAUAAAACUAAGCGGGUUCUUGCAGACAGAUAUCAAAGGUCACUAGAUACAAUACACAGAAAACUUGAUGAAGUUUUGAGUGUUCUUCUCAAGUUUACACAGGGCAAGGGAGAAUUCGCAAGGGUAAACCCUAUCUUGAGGAAUGAUGACCGUUAUUAUCCAUAUUUUAAAGACUGCAUUGGAGCACUUGAUGGAACUCACAUCUCAAUUCGUCCUCCAAGUCACAAUGCAGAAGCAUAA